CAGUAUUUAUCACAAGAAGCCCGAGACAGUUGACUUGCGGCUCCCAAUAGAUCCGGUUAAGCACAACAAGUCGCUUUAUGUAAAUAUACUGAGUCAAAUAAAUGUGAAAAUGGCGCCCAGCAAGAAACCAAAGUCAAAAGUAAUGAAAGACGGUGAAUUUGUUCCCCCCGAUGGAGGCUGGGGCUGGAUGAUAGUUUUCGCAGCGGGAUUCUCUAAUCUGUCAGCCCUGCCGGUGCUGCAGCAGUUUGGUCUGCUGUUUCGGGACAAGUUCGCGCGGCUCGGCAUCAGCAGCGCGCAGACCACCACCAUCAUCAACAUGAACUCGGCGCUGACCUCUUGCGUCGGUCUCGCAAAUGGUCCAGUAUUUAAGACGUUCAGUUACCGGACAGUUUCACUGACUGGAGCAAUAUUUGUUUUCAUAUCUUUGAUGCUAACGACAUUUUCUUACAACUUUAUGACAUAUCUUAUUUCGUUCUCCAUAUUAUAUGGUGCCGGUUAUGGUAUAAGCAGUUCCGCAAAUGCUCUCGCCCUCAACACGUAUUGGAAAAAUCGAAGAAGAUUAGCGACUAGUCUUUCGUGGACUACUACAGGCUUAGGUCCUAUAUUAUGGCCACACAUCAUCACCGCACUUUUCGAAUACUUCGGGGAAACUGGAGCGAUACUCGUAAUCAGUGGAAUCUCGUUACAUGCAAUUGCUUGUGCACUCCUACUACAGCCAGUCGAGUGGCAUUCUAAGACUGCUAAAUUAAAACAGGACGAAGAAAAAUUAUUACCAGAACCGCAAGCCUCAAACAACACUAAGGAAACAGAUAGAAAGACCGAGGACAGCGGCUACUUUAGUCAAAUGUCCAAAAUUAAAAAUUUAAGCUUAUUUUCAAGUCAAUACAUUUAUAAUGAAGAUGAUCCUGUCACCCCAGGAUAUGAAAUCAUAGAUCCAGGUGUUCCUAUGAUGAUUAGAGCGAACGACGGAUACUUUAGCCAGUCUAGGCAGUCAAAAAGUAGAUUAUCGUCACGAGAUGGAUCUGCAAGAAACUCGCGAAUGAAUUCGAAAAAACCAUCUAUGUCUAAUUUAUUAGAAAACAGAUCGCGCAAAUCUUCAACUUUGUAUCUCAACGAAUCUAAAAAGAACUCUUCAGCAAAUUUGGGGAGUCUAGCUGUAGAACGCGAACUGAAACCGGUUAGUAAAUCUAAACGUAAAACCUCAACCACAAUAAAUAAUUUAGGGACCCAAAUUCCGGAAUCAGAGAUCGAAGAUUGUCCAACACUCAAAGCUCCGCAAGAUUUGAAAGCAGACGAAAAAGCUGCCGUUGAAAAUAUUGACCCAGAAAAAGCUAAAUAUAUAGCAGACAAAGCUGAACAACAAAUGGCUGGUACUAAAAGUCUAAAAUCUUUAAAAAUUGAUGGACAGUAUGGUGAAAAAUAUUCAAAAGACAAUCACAGUAACAUUUCGCUUAAAGUACAGGACGAGAUUGAAGAACGAAAAUAUUUAAAGGACACUCAUAGCAAUCAAUCGUAUCGCAAUCGUCACAGGCGAAAGUCCAAUAAUUUCAACUACGAAAGUGAAGUUUUAAAACAAGCCUCGCUAAAACUAGAACAAUAUUUGAAAGAGAGUGAAAAUGACGAUAGAUUUAAGCUAGUAGUAAGUAAGCCUGAACAAAAUACCUUAGAAGAUAAAGAAAUAGAAGACGAUGAAGACGACGAAGAGUCAUUAACUUUUUGGGAGAAAAUUAUAAUGUUUUUUGAUUUGGACCUCCUAAAAGAUUUUACGUUUAUAAAUUUAAUGUUGGGAAUAACUUUAGCUAACUUUAAUGAACUUAACUUUUCUAUAUUAACACCUUUCAUACUUGGUGAUUAUGGAAUGAGCAAAUCUCAAACUGCCUUCUUUAUGUCUUUGUUAGCUGGUGUGGAUAUAUGUGUAAGAUUUUGUAUACCAUUUGCUGCUGGCAAAAUAGGUUGGGAUAAUAAUUCCUUUUUCUUAUUUGGAGUUAUGUCUAUGGCUAUGGGAAGAGUCGUCCUAUCGAUAUGUCAAGACUAUAGUAUAGUCCUUCUUGUAGCUGUUAUGAUUGGAUUUGGAAAAGGGUUAAGGACAGUAUUUAUGGCUUUAGUAAUACCUACGCAUGUUCCUCUCCAUAAGCUACCGGGUGCUACGGGCAUACAACUUAUCACCGCCGGAAUGGUCUACCUCUCUUUAGGGCCGGUAGUGGGUUGGAUCAAAGACAGUGCAUCAACUGCGGUCACGCUACAUUGCUUAAACAUCUUCACUUGGCUGACAGCCAUAUCAUGGGGAUUGGAAAAAUAUUUUUCGAGGAAGCACGCAAAAGAUAAUACAGAGUCAAAACUUCACUGUGAGUGGCAGAAUAAUGUGUACAUUGUGAUCAUGUCGGGAACAGUGAAUAAAGUGCCACCUGAUGGGGGAUAUGGAUGGGUCGUCACUUUCGCCUAUGCAUUAAAUAAUGUAGUCGUUCUACCCCUUAUUGCUGGGUUUGGCCUAGUUUUUCAAGAAGCCUUCAAAGAUACUGGACUUACAGCGACGCAAGGAACUUUGGUAGUUAUUCUCAAUCAUGGUAUUGGAAUGCUAUUAUCGUUCUUCGGAGGUCCUGUUCUAAAUCGAUUUGGAUACAGAAAAGUCGCUGUCGUUGGAGCAUUAUUAAUAUCUUCCGGUCUAAUGUUGACAGCAGUCUCUACUAGCUUCUGGUUAUUUAUUCUAUCGUACAGUAUUAUAAAUUCUGCUGGGGUUGCCGCAGUAAUGGCUGCAUUUUCUUUGGCAAUAAACUCGUUUUUCAAAGAGAAACGCGGUAGGGCAAUCGGUGUAGGAAUGUCCAUCACAGGACUGGGAACAAUUUAUAUGCCAUUAGUUAUGAGUGCACUUAUGUAUGCAUUCGGUUGGAGAUAUGCAGUGCUAAUAUUGGGUGCAAUAUGUCUUCAUUCCCUUAUAGCAGCAUGCUUACUUAGGCCCGCUAAGUGGUACUUAAUUAAUCCUCCAGUUUCAGAGGAAAUGAUGCCUCUAAAUAAUGAACAUAAUGUGGAGCUCAUAAAUGGAAGUGUUACUCCAUCUAAAUUAUCAGAUUUACAUUCAUCAUUAAAGACUGAAGACUUACAAGCAAGCAAUGGAGUGCCACCCAAAAGUUUAUCUGUAGGAUCACUAAAGAGUAGUAACGGUAUCGAAAAUAGAGCAGCAGUAUCACAUCCAGACGUUCGAAAGAAAACGAACGACGGUCUUCUAGAAGAAUCAAAAUAUAAAUGGUGGGAAUCUCAAGAAAUUAAUUUAGGAAGCUCGAUAAAUAUUUUCAAAGAAACAAAGAGUGUUGUUAAGAAAAACGAGGCUGUGCCUGAGACAAACAAAGAAAUAUCAAAGAGUUAUCUCAAGCGGUUCAUUGACUUCUUUGAUCUUACGCUUCUGAAAGAUCCUAUAUUUGUAAAUAUAUUGUUUGGGCUAUCUAUGGCAUCUUGUGUUGAAACCAAUUUUUCUCUGCUAUUACCAUUUAUAUUAAAAGAUAUGCUUACAUUUGAGACUUCUGAAAUAGCUAAGAUUAUGGCGGUCAUUGGUUUCUCUGAUACACUCUUUAGAUUAGUAUCACCAUUUAUCGGGGAAUGGUGUCACAAGCCACCUAGAGUUAUGUAUUUGGUGAGCUUGGUGGUUAUUAUUUUUACUCGCUUAAUUAUGUUAUUUACAACAUCUUUUAUGGGAAUGCUCUUCGUAGCACUUGCAAUGGGUGUCACUAAGGGUGUGAGAACGGUCUAUAUGAACAUCAUAAUUCCAAGCUACGUCCCUCUAGAGCGGUUGCCCUUUGCUUCGGGAAUUCAGAUGUUCUUUAAUGGAAUUGUUAUCAUUACACUUGGAUCUCUUUUAGGGCGUAUACGAGAUUCCUCGGGAUCUUACCACAUUCCCAUUUUGGUGCUCAACUGUGUUACCUUCUUGACUGUUCUAUUUUGGAGUGGAGAAUUUUUGUAUGACAGAUUAAAGAAAAAAAACUCAGAGGAAGCUACUGCCUAGAUUAAGUAUAUUUCCACAGACAAAUUUUCAAAAAAAUUUACAAUUAUUAAGUACACCUAAUAUG